GGUUUAUUUAAAUUUCAUGUGAUUAUUUAAGUUUCGAUUAUUUUUAUAGUAGUAGUUAGUAGAUUUUUGUGUGUGUAGAAUAUAAUUUUUUUUGUACUAAUUUUAAACAGAUAAUUCUAAAAGAUUCGAUAUGCAGUGGGAAAAACUGACUUGGUUCAAAAUGUUAGAAAUGUUUAUGGGCGUCAUGAUUUUUGCACUGCAUUCCUUGUCUACGAUUUGGUGGGGUUCAAGAAGAAAGUCAAGUUGGAAAGCCAUCACGUUAUUGACCACGACCGGUUUCUGCAGUCCGAUUAUCCCGCUGAUGUUCCGUAUUGAACCAUACUUCUACACAUCAACGGAUAUAGUCAAACCAUCGAACGUCUUCAUAAUUCUAUACUGUUUGAUGGCGUACAUUUCUGGCUCUGUUCUGGUCUUCGUUGAUGCGAUCGAAGACACGACAAGAUCCUAUUCUAGCGACAUAGCAAUUUGUACUGUUUUCUUUGCGACCUUGGUUGCAAUAGUCUUCUGCAUCGAUCUUAUAUAUGCUCUCAAAAAGUAAAUAGUACGUAAAAUGUUACAUGUGA